AUGUCAAAACGGGCUGCGAGCGAAGCUCAGACAGGGCAGCCUUUUUUAAAAGCUACUGUAGAUGGGAUUAAACGAGAAAAUGUUGUUAUGGAUGAAAUGGGGGAAUUUGAGGAUGCUUGGGAGGAUGAUAUCGAAAGCGACGAAGAGGUAGUGAACGGAAACGACGAGGGAAACGACGACGAUGGAAUGGAUGUUGAUGAGGUUCUCCCCGCUAUCGAGGAAUCAGACGAAUUGCCUCAAGCACAUCAGGUCUUCAUUCCUGGUCGAGAUACCUUGGGAAAAGACGAAAUUCUUGAACCUGACGAUUCCGUUUAUAUCAUGCGUCAUUCCAUGAGCGUUAACUGGCCCUGCUUAUCAUUUGAUAUAUUAAAAGACAACCUCGGAGACCAACGAAAACGGUUUCCUGAAACUGCUUAUAUUGUCGCAGGAACUCAAGCUGAUGCAGCAAACAAAAACGAGGUCGUAGUAUGCAAAAUGAGUUCUCUCCACCGAACGCAAAAGGACGGCAACAAUUCGGAUUCCGAAAACGAAGACGAUGAAGACGACGAUGAUUUGGAUGAAGAUGCCAUUCUUGAAUACCGAUCAAUCCCCCAUGUCGGUGGUGUGAACAGAAUCCGUGCUCAGCCAACAUCGUCCUAUCCCCUUCCAUCACAACCAUAUCAUGUCGCAACUUGGGCUGACACCGGAAAAGUCCACAUAUGGGACAUUCGUCGUUUAAUUGAAUCGCUUGACGUCCCCGGCUACACUUACGAUAAAACUCGCGCACAAACUCCUGUGUUUACAAUAAACUCACAUGGCAUGGCCGAAGGAUUUGCAAUGGACUGGGCUGCAUCCGGACCUUCAUCUCUUCGGUUAUUGACAGGCGACGUGCAUUCCAAAAUCUUCUUGACAACCUCCACACCUUCAGGAUUCAACGCUCUAUCACAGCCGUUCAUUUCUCACACAUCGAGUAUUGAAGAUCUGCAGUGGAGUCCGACCGAACCAACAGUAUUUGCCUCAUGCUCAGCAGACCGCAGUAUCAGACUUUGGGAUGUGCGAACCAAAGGACGAAAAAGUGUAGCUGGAAUUGAGACCGCUCAUGACAGCGAUGUAAAUGUCAUCAGCUGGAAUAAAUUAACAAGUUACCUGAUAGUCAGUGGAGGUGACGAAGGAGCGAUCAAGGCAUGGGAUCUUCGAAAUGUCCAGAAAUCAGGAACAAAAUCCAUCGACCCAGCACCUGUUGCCUCAUUCACAUGGCACAAAGCACCCAUCACAUCUAUCGAGUGGCACCCAACUGAAGAAUCCACUUUCGCAGCCGGAGGUGCAGACGAUCAAGUCACGCUGUGGGACCUUGCUGUCGAACAAGAUGACGACGAAGCAGGCAUGGGCGAAUCUUUCAAUGGAGAGAGUGAAGUCCCGCCGCAGCUACUUUUCGUCCAUCAGGGACAAAGAGAUGUCAAAGAAAUUCAUUGGCAUCCGCAAAUACCAGGAUCAGUUAUCAGCACGGCUGCAGAUGGUUUCAACAUUUUUAAAACCAUUUCAGUCUGA